CAGAUACCUUAGUAUGUCCAAUUAUAUAGAUGGGAUCAGACGUUAUUUAAUUCAAGAUGUCUUGUGUUCAGAAGUGUUUAUAUAUUUUUCUACUUACGUUUAUAAUUGAAAUUCCUGUCACAUAUUCAAAACAGUUUCGGACGGAUUAUGUGUACAACCGGAAAACUGAUGCAUUUUAUAAGUUCCACAUCGAGAGUGUUUGGUUUUCACGAGCAGAAUCCAUUUGCCAGCUCGAGGGAGCCAGCGUGAUGAUACCAACCUCUGACAACGACGUGUCUCAAGUACAUGGCAUGUUCAAAGGUUACCCCGAUUUGGGAAACUUUGUUUGGAUUGGAUAUGAUGGAAAAACUCAUGAAUCGGCGGAGGAACAACCGUUAAUUAAUUUGGAUGAUCUUGGUAGCAGAGAUAUGAGUUUGGUCCGUUACGAUAGAGGAUGCGAUGUUCUGACAAGGGACGGUGAAAUCAAGACGUACGAGUGCUACAGAACGCUCCCAUUCAUCUGCAAAGUUGAAGCUAAUCAAGCAUAUUUUGAUAACCGAUGCAUGGUCUAUGGACGAGACUACCAAUACUUUGCAAACGUUAGCAGCUGUUACAAAAUACCUCGUUUACCGUAUUCGUGGGACCAGGCGUAUGAUGAAUGUCGUGCCGAAGGAGCUCACCUGGCCAUCCUGAACUCAGACAUGGAACGCCAGGUUCUUCGUAACUUCUUGAAAUCCACUCCGAGUGUCCCCGGUGCUCAGGCGACUUUCUUCUUUUUCGUUGGCAUAAGAGCGCAGAAGAAAAUAGACGGUUCUCCGAUUGUCUUCAAAACUGUUUUCAAUGAAACUUUGGAAGAGGCGGGCUACAGUCACUGGUCUGACAAUGAACCAAAUAAUGCUUUACAAAAUGAAUACUGCGGAACCAUAUUCAUAGCUGAUGGAAAAUAUAAUGACGUUUACUGUGGACAUUUCUACGCUUUUAUUUGUGAAAGCGAAGUCAAGGAGCUUUCAAAGUCAUUCCAAUAACUUAAAAAUUUAUAAAAUA